AUGGAUGGUGUCAGGCCAUCCCGUCCAGACAAGCCGUAUCAACGCACUUACAAGGCCUGCAUCCCUUGCCGGCAGCGCAAGGCCAAAUGCGACCUAGGAACCGGUCCCGACGGCCUACCGAUCGGCCCACCGUGUGCGCGUUGUCGAAGGGAACUAAGGGAAUGCGUGUUCCCCGAGAAACGGGCCUGGGAAAGGUCCCGCAAACGAGCGCUAUCCCCCGAGAGCUAUGAAGCGGGUAUAUCGCCCCGCCAUGGGAGCCAGUUAUCAGCAACUUCGCCGGAUGGCUCCAUCCUCGCACAGGGACAGACACAACAUGCGCAUCAAGUCAAUGAAGCACGCAGCACGAUAUCCGAAACCAACUUCCAUCAGAAGCAAAGCUUUCAGCCAGCAUGGCCAUAUCAGCAUGACCAACCUAAUCAGGGCUCCUUCGAGCACCAAUCUGUAGGGCCUCCACGAUCUGAACAAUCGCCCUCUCAUGCAUAUGAAAAUAACAAGCCGCGAUCGAAUUCAACACUUGCGAACUCUAUGAUGCGUACUGUUGUUGCAAGUGGCAAUGAUGCGCUCAAUAUUCUCUUCGAGGCAGCGACUGCCCAGGAAGACAACCAUGCUGAGGCUAGUUCCGAAUCAAUAGCCGGGCCCCCAUCGGCAGGCCCGAGUACCCAUGACCGCACACCAGGGAACUACGAGCCCACGUUUGACCCGGUGGCACGAGUAGUACAUCCCGUCCAAUUAUCUGCCGUGAGUAAAGAUAUUCUCAAUGUCUGGGAGGCUUGUCGAUUUGUGAAAAUGGGCUGGUUUACUGCUAGAGAGGCCGUUACUUUUGUGGAUUUGUGUGUUACCUCGUACAUCCUGCGUCUCUGGGACACAAGACUGACUGGAAGCAGAUUCUAUAAGAACAUGUCCUGUCUAUCUCCAAUUUUAACGGAUUUUUACGCCAAUCAUGCAUAUCACUACUGGCUGAUUAGUCGAGAGCCGGUCCUAUGCUCCACAAUUCUCAUGAUAUCCUCUCGCUAUCACAUCCUUCCUGGAGCUGGGGGAGAGUCAAGGAAUUUCUUUAUUCACCAUCGACUCUGGCAACAUUGCCAGCAGCUGACGAUGAGGUUGAUAUUUGGACAGGAAAAGUCUACUAAAUCCAAAAUUCGGAGUCUCGGUACGGUGGAGGCGCUUCUCUUAAUGUCGGAAUGGCAUCCUCGUUCCCUGCAUUUUCCGCCCGAAACCGAUGGCUGGGACGACGAUCUGAUCCCAGAAGCCCCGAGACAUCACGAGAAUAGCGAGUCGAGCACAGUGCCGGAUAACCGCUGGAUAGACGAUAUGAUCGAGCCCGCACGCAGAUCUGACCAGAUGUCCUGGAUGUUGCUUGGGUCUGCACUAUCACUUGCGCACGAGCUGGGCAUAUUCGAAACAGAAGCGAGCAGCGUCCCAACCGAAGAACCAGAAUUGAGAGAUCAAAUGGCACUCCGCUGGCAACGAGUCCAACGCCUGCUAUACGUGUACAUAAACCAAUUAGCCUGGCGGAUUGGGUGUAUGUCACCCAUACCACAGUCGUUAAACCACGCUAUCCUGGGCGGAAGAAAGCCGCAAGGGCUCACUGCACCCGGCAGCACUUGGCUGACCUUCAUGGACUCCUGGAUUGAGCUAACAAAGCUAGCCAAGUCUGUGACUGACAUGUUCUUCCCAUCUGCUGCAUUCGCACGCCAGCAACUACACAGUGGCCGAUACGUCGGUCUCCUUGAGCAUUUCCGACCUCUACUCAACCAAUGGAAAGACAAGUACCUACAGCCCCAGGUCCUCGACAAAGCAUUCUAUAACGAUCUCUUCAUCGAAUACCACUUCGUCCGCGUCUACACUCAUUCAGUUGGCAUGCAAGCAGUCGUGGAGCGGGCCGUCGCAGAGAACGACCCAAAUAACUUCGACGGCGUCAGACCUAUGGCCAUCGACCCAACAGACUACGAAUACAUCCAAGAGGUGAUCGACGGAUGUGGCCAGAUCCUGCAGAAAGUAACGCAUCUAGCCGAAGCGGGUGCCCUCCGAUUCUCGCCGGUGCGAAUCGUCCUGCGCAUCACCAGUGCCUCUAUAUUCCUAAUGAAAGCCCUCAGUCUGGGAACACGCCAAGCGAAGCUCCAGGAAUCGCUAGAGAUACUCGAAAAGAGCAUCGAAGCUCUCAAAUCAAAUGCCUUGGACGAUGUGCAUCUGAGCACUCGCUAUGCAACUCUGCUAGACAUGCAUGUCUCGCGUCUGCGGCGUAAUCUGCUGGCAUCCUCGAAGACAGCGAAAAGCAGCCGCGGAGCUACGAGAAGAUCGUCCAUGGGUCCUCCUCCUUGGCCGGACGCUGGCGACCGGUCAACACCGAUGAGUGCACAUGUCUCGCAGGAAAUGACGCCGGACCUGGGGUUCAUUCCGCCUUUGAACGAUGUCGGUGCAGACGAUUGGCUUUCGUUGCCGUUCGAUCCUUCGAUGGCACCGUUUGUUCCGAACGGUCGCAAUAAUGAGAAGACCAUUGGUAUACCCCAGGAGCCAAGAGCGAACUUGAAGCAUAAGAGAAAUAAUUCCUGCAGAGGAGAGCAACUCAGGAGGACAAAUCCAGACUGCCAGUACUUUUACCUGCAGCUCUCCGCCAACUGCCACAUUCAAACCCACCCUAAUAAUCCACGGCGGAGCUGGCAACAUCCAACGCUCCAAACUCCCCCGGACCUCUACGCCGCACACCACGCCUCCCUCAAAUCCUACCUCCGCUCAACCCACGACCUCCUUAAAAACGGAAGCACAGCCCUCGAUGCCGUCGUCCACGCCGUCUCCCUCCUGGAAGAUGACCCCCUCUUCAACUGCGGGCGCGGCAGCGUCUUCACUAAAGACGGCACAAUAGAAAUGGAAGCCUCAAUAAUGACCACCUCCAUCAACGAAUACGACCCCACCCAACCCGGCGCAAUCAAACGCGGCGCCAGCGUCAUGGGUCUCCGCAACGUCCGCCACCCCAUCAAGCUCGCCCGCGAAUCUCUUCUCCGAACGGGCAUCGCCGCCGAUGGGACACCUACCAAUGACGGCGGCUGCCUGCAUUCGCAGCUCGUCGCCCCAUAUAUCGAGGAUCUCGCACGGGAAUGGGGGCUGGAGUUCUGUCCCGAUGAGUGGUUUUUCACGCAGAAGAGGUGGGACGAGCACAAGCGCGGCUUGAAGGGCGAAGAGGAGCCGAUCUCGCUGAGCCAGGGGACUGUCGGGUGUGUCUGUCUCGAUCAGUGGGGCAAUCUGGCAGUUGCGACUAGUACCGGCGGCAUGACGAAUAAAUGGCCCGGCCGGAUCGGGGAUACGCCUUCUAUAGGCGCUGGCUUUUGGGCCGAAGCAUGGGAUGAGAUUGCUUCUGGUGCUGGGGUAUCGGCGGAUUCAUCGGUUGGGGGUAUGCUUCGCGAUGCGAGGAGUUUCUGGGGCGAUUGUAUGCCAAGGUUCCUGAGGGAGAAAUCGCCGGCUUAUGCGCCGCUUGUUGCGGAGUCUGAGCCGAAACUGGCGUUUGGGUCGGAAAAGGGUUCUACGGUUUACCAGCCUCCGGCUGCUGAGCACUCGCGUCGUCGGGCUAUUGCGCUUUCUGGGACUGGGAAUGGGGAUUCGUUUCUAAGGAUUGCCGCUGCGCGCACGGCUGCGGCUAUGUUGAGGUUUUCUUCGCCGGGUACGUUUCCGGAUGGUCUUGCGGAUGUAGUGACGGCUGUUGCUGGGCCUGGUGGUGAACUUCAACGCUCGGCUGGUUUGAGGUGGCAGAAGACUGGUGAGGGUGAAGGCGGGAUUAUUGGUAUAGAAGCGGAGCUUGCGCCCGUCGAUGAGUUGUCGGCUAAACUGCACCGCGGCAAGGUUGUGUUCGACUUUAAUUCUGGUGGUAUGUGGCGUGCUUGGACGGAGGAGGAUGCUGCUGGCAAUGACGUUGAGAGGGUCAUGGUCUUUCGCGAGGAAUAUCAGUAA